AUGCUGUCUGCUAGCAAAUCUUAUGGGAACUUGGCAAAGAUGACACAUUUUGACGAACGUAGUGGUAUUGUUCCUUGUUUUACACCGUGGGGGAAAUGGUGGCAGACAUGCGAUGAAAUCUGCAUGCUGAUAAAUGUGGAGGAAGGGACAAGCAUAAAGGACAUCAAGUGCACCUUCAAACCCCGUCACGUAAAAAUUGUUGUGCGUGGUAAAAUCAUUGUAGAGGGUGAGUUUCCUGAACCAGUUCAUUCAGAUGAUGUCAUAUGGACACUAGAGGAUAGAAAAGCCAUCAGUAUCUGCAUACCCAAAAGCUUAGCAACAGCUGACCAUUGCUGGAAGUCCUUACUAGUUGAUCAGUAUGCAGCUGACCCAUUUGUCUACAAUGAAAUGCAAAAGAAGCUUACUCUACAAAAGUUUCAGCUUGAGAACCCUGGCUUUGAUUUUAGUGGUGCAGAUAUGAUGGCAACUGGUGAUAUGACCAAUAACUUGAGAAAUUUACAGAAGGCAUUGAAACUUGUCAAAUAUGAAGAUACAGUUGACAUCAGUGGGCUAUCAAAGGGCAUUCCAAACCAUUUCCUGCCCAUCUACCAUUAUGCGUUCACUAUGUUUAGUGCGGUCGUUGCAGAAAAGAUUGCUGACAUGGAUGUAGAGCUGUUUGGAAAAUCGGAUCUCAAAUUUAUGGAAGGAGUGUAUAAGGUACUGCGGGAUCUGUUUGGUUAUAAGCCCCCGAUAACCAGAGAUCAAUUUUUCUCAAAGGGAUUUGCUGAGAGGAAAGUAAUCAUGUGUGCAGAGGUGAUCAACCUCAUACACAAGAAACAUCGCAGUUUGUGCCCUAAAAGAGAGGCCUCGGGGAGCUUUAGAGCCAAUGCCAGUCGUGAUACCUCUGCCAAUUUGGGGCCUAAGGUUGGAUUCCAAAGACCCAAGACACAAGAGUGGCGAGUGGAGAGAGCAGACAGUAUCCCCUCAGUUUCACAGGUGGUACGUAAAAGAGCAGACCGUGGUCCCAGUCGCCCAAACAGUGCUCGCUCGAACCAUCCUGGAGGUGCUGGUCAAGAUACAAGUCAAGCUGGGAAGAGUUCCUCACCAGAGUCAGCCUUGAAUAAUAUAGCAGUUCCCAAAACCCCAGGAAUCCUUAAAGCAAAGACUUCAGCUGUGCAAGUUGUCUAUGUUCCCAGAGCUGCCCCUGCAGAUACUGAAGACAAGCAGCCAGUGGAAGUGUUGGCCAUGUCACCUUCAGCAGGUGUGGACCAGGGUAAGGUGGUGGAGGUAAACACACAGUCAGAGCAGUUGUCUCAGGUGCUGGCCCAGAAUUCCACAACACACAAGACAGUUGAGCUGUUAACGGAGCGAGUAAUGAAACUGGACGAAUAUAUGACAGCGGUUAAGCUUGAUCUGGAGAAAUUCGUUCACAAAGAGGGAAGAAACAGCGAGGAAAACAGAGAGACAAUGGCAGCAUUUAUGUCAUCUGUAAAUAGUAAAAUAGAUAACAUAACAGCCCGUCUUCUGCUGGCAGAGAACAGGGUGGCCAUUCUGGAAAGUAAGAUACUGUCCAGCUACUCCACAGCACCGUCAAAUGGUUACCCAGAAAGUGACCAGACUACAAGACAAUACCCAACAAUAGCAUCUACCCCAGGUCCCAGAAACAUGAUGGUGAAUGGUGUCAGCCCCUCACCUAUUAAACAGUCACAAGAUGCCGAGACAAACGGUCACUUGGCAGGGGAGGAGCAAGUCACACCCGUUGCCGUGGAAACCAAGGAAGUCCGUUCAAGCACACCAGUGGAUAAGGCCCAGAAUGCACCUCUGGCCUUCACCUGCCUUCAUUCAGCCACACAGGAGCAAGCAGAGCGGUUAGAGGCAUUAAUGACGGACACCGAUGACAUUCUGAAAACGGCUGGGCAGAUUGCAGGAAAUAUCAUCAAUGGGAGAGAAUGAUGGCUAGUGCUGGAAAAAUGUCCAAAAUUUGUAUUAAUAACCUCAUUUCACUUUGUAAUCGGAAAUGGACAAAGAUGUGAUGGCAUCUUCCUAGUUGAUUAGCUGCAAAGUGUUGAACUACAGAGAUGCAGUGUUAAUCAAAUCUGCAACAGUCACAUCAUUAGAAGGCAGCAUUGCUAUUUUCUGAUGUAACAUUGCCAAAUCUGCUUAAGAAGAACACUUUACGUUUUUGUAACUGGACACCAUAUUUCAGUAUUGUGAUUGACUUUCAUGCUAAGGUUCAGUUAGUGCUUAAAGUUGAGUGUUAGUGAAGGUGGAGUUUUGUUGGUUUUUUUAUUUUUUUUUUACAGCACUUGAAUAGUUUUAGUAGUGAUGUUUGCUUGAAACGUUCACAUGUGAUUGCUUUGUUCAUUUGACUGUUGUACAUUUUUUGCUCAUUUGGUCAUCUCCAUUGAACAACACAGUUUUCUCAAAUGUGCAUCGCCAUAAAGAUCUUUGUUCACAAAACUUCUGAAGCCUGAGCAGUGAUACAGCCUUGCAAUGCCCAUCUCUGGGUGUCAUUGAGUAAUCUUUCCCUUUAAUCGCCGCUCAUUUUAAUAUCCAUUUAUACAUCAUCCCAUGGUCUGCGCAUUUUUCAUUAAAAUAUUUUUGUUAAAUCGAUAGUAUUUAUCAGCAUCAUCACCAAUUGUUUCACAUUUAUUCGUUGUCUUUAUCCUUCACCACUGCCAGAACUUGAUAGCAUUCAUAAAUAACUUAUAGAAUACGUACAAACUGUCCAAAAGUCUUUAACCAAAAUCACUUUGUUACAGUCCAAAUGUUUAUAAAUGCCUUUGAGGCACUUCAGAAUGAAUAAGAGGAGCAAGAGCGGCAUGUAAGAAAAAAUCUGGCAGAUGAAAGAAAAUUAUAAAAAAAAAAAAAAUGUGAUCUUCACUGAUGGGAGAUUGGAAAGUUUGCUUUGCUGUUUAUUUG